AUGCAAUCGCUUGUUAAUGAUGAUGAAACCUACGAACGUCUAAUCAGAGAUCCCACAACUGUUACGUUAAAGAAAAUCAAUUUAAUCAUUGACAAGUGGUGUAGCGAAGGCUAUAUUGAACCAUCUGUAAAGGGGCAGCUGAAAUUGUUCAAUUGCAACCCGCCACGAGUAUAUGGACUACCUAAGACGCACAAAGAGGGUAGACCAUUAAGAAUAAUAGUCUCAACUAUCGGAACGGCGACGUACAGAAUGGCAAAAUAUCUGUCUAAUAUCCUGAAUCAUAUUGUGGGAAAAACGCCGCAUCAUAUAACAAACAGUUUCGAAUUUGUGAACGAUAUACGUGAACAAAAUUUGCAGCCAAAUACCAUUCUGUUUUCCUUGGACGUAGUUUCUCUUUUCACAAACGUGCCUGUGGACUUCGCGCUGGAAUCGGUUGAUCAACGAUGGAAUGAAAUAGAGCAGCAUACUUGUAUCGAAAAAUGUAGUUUUAUGGAAAUGCUAAAAGUGGUACUGGAAUCAACCUUUUUCCAGUACAAUGGUGGAUUUUUCCGGCAAAAAUUUGGAAUUCCGAUGGGUUCACCUCUUUCUCCGGUAGUUGCAAACAUUGUGCUGGAACGUAUAGAACAGGCGGCCUUGGAAAAACUAGAACAACGUGGAGUAAACCCUGUUUUCUAUAUGCGCUAUGUAGAUGACUGUGUAAUGGGCGCCGAAGCUGAACAUGUCGACGAGAUCCUUGGCGUCUUCAAUAGUUUCCACCAGAGAAUGCAGUUCACCGUCGAGUUGGAGAUGAAUGAACAGUUGAAAUUCCUAGACACCAUCCUACGAAGACAUGAAGGGAAAAUAACAACAGAGUGGUCGCCGAAAGAUCCGAAUAGUAGAUAUUUGGAUUACAACUCAGUCAGUCCGUUUUGUCAUAAGAAAAAUACUGCAGUUGCUUUAGUUGACAGGGCCUUAAAGUUAACAGAUGCUAAUUUCAGACCAAAAACAUUACUAACAGUUAAAUCUAUGUUAUUUAAAAAUAAUUAUCCUAGAUAUUUUGUACAAGAGAUUAUAAAACAAAGAUUACAUAGAAUGUACAACACGCUAGAGGUACCGACCAAAGAAACAACUAAACAAUUUGUAACAAUUCCCUAUGUUGCCGGUUUAGGUGAAAAGCUAUGUAGGUAUUUGAAGCAAUUCAAUAUUGACGUAUCACAAACCAACUGA